AUGCCACAACCAAAUUUGGAAACUGUUGUUUGCUCAAGGUCACCAGGAAGGUAUAACUGUAGAGAGCACUCAUCCACUCCAAAACCCACAACACUGCAAAUAGGGCAGCUGUCAAGGAAUGUGACAAGGGAGCAUAUCUUUGAAAUUUUUAAUGCAUUUGGAAAUGUAAAAAGUGUAGAAUUUCCAAUGGAUAAACUGCAUCCAGGCUGUGGUACGGGGUCUGCAUAUGUUGAAUAUGCAACGCUGGCUGAAGCUCAACGUGCAAUGAAGCAUAUGGUUGGUGGGCAGAUAGAUGGCCAGGAGAUAACAGCUGCUCUGGUGCUGAUGCCACCCAAACCAAGACCAUCUCUACCUCGCCCCCGUCCUCCCCGCAGACCUGUGCAUUGUUGGUCUCGAUCACCACCCAGCCAGCUGGCCAACAGCACACCCCAACAAGAGCGACCUACCCCAGGCAUCGCCCAGAUCCCGAGGCCACCCUUUCCAGACUACGAGAUGUCGGCCAAUCACCAACCACGAGUAAUUCCAGAUGAAGAUGAAGGCAUGCUGCUGACUCCUCCUGCUCCACUGCUGAGAUGCACACCAUACAACUGUCUCCUCUGGUCAGGGUGUGUUCAUCUGUAUGCUCCUGUGCCCUGA